CGCCGGCGCCAACGCGGCGGUGGUGCGUGCCCGGCCCCGCGCCGGACGACGUGGCCCUCGGCCCUGGCGCCCGGCCCUCGCCCCGCUACUCCGCGGUCGAGCGCUGCGCGAGGUCCAGCGGCGAGUGCCUGAAGCCUUGCAAGGCCGUCGGGCGCGCGCAGAGCCGCCGCCCCCAGCGCGCCUUGUCGCCUCGCGGGCCGACGAGCGACGCCCCCCUCGGAGCCCCGAUCCGCGUCGACGCCAAAUUUGUCGCUUUUAAUAAUCAGAACCGCAACCCCGCCAACGGACUGCGCGGCGUCGCG